UGCAAUAUCUCUGCCUGCAGCGUGAUACAUUUCAGUCUACGAUAGGCUGACCCAGCAGAGGAGACCUCCUGCAUAUUUCCCGUCCCCUUUCAUUGUAUAGAAGGCAGUGUCCAGCUAUGAGCGGCGGGGUUUAUGGGGGAGAUGAGGUGGGAGCUCUCGUCUUUGACAUCGGUUCCUACACCGUGAGAGCUGGUUACGCCGGAGAAGACUGCCCGAAGGCUGACUUCCCCACCACCGUGGGGCUCCUCAACCACGAUGAGACGGCACUGGAUAUCGACGGCGAUAAGGACACCAAGUCGGGGAAGACUUACUACAUCGAUACCAACUCGCUACACGUUCCCCGGGAGGGAGUGGAGGUCAUCUCGCCCCUGAAGAAUGCGAUGAUCGAGGACUGGGACUGCUUCCAGGCCAUCCUGGACCACACCUACACCAAGCACAUCAAGUCGGAGCCCAACCUGCACCCCGUCCUCAUGUCGGAGGCGCCGUGGAACACCAGGGCCAAGCGGGAGAAACUGACGGAGCUGAUGUUUGAGCAUUACAGCAUCCCCGCCUUCUUCCUCUGCAAGACCGCAGUGCUCACGGCCUUCGCCAACGGCCGCUCCACGGGGCUGGUCCUGGACAGUGGGGCCACGCACACCACCGCCAUCCCCGUCCACGAUGGCUACGUCCUCCAGCAAGGUAUCGUUAAGUCACCGCUGGCAGGGGACUUCAUUUCAAUGCAGUGCAGGGAGCUGUUUCAGGAGAUGAACAUGGAGAUCACCCCCCCUUAUACCAUUGCCUCGAAGGAGCCGGUCCGGGAGGGCGCCUCGCCGAACUGGAAGAGAAAAGAGAAGAUCUCGCACGUUACCAAGUCCUGGCACAACUACAUGUGUAAUGAGGUUAUCCAGGAUUUCCAGGCCUCUGUACUGCAAGUCUCUGACUCACCUUAUGACGAACAGGUCGCUGCACAAAUGCCCACCGUCCACUAUGAGAUGCCCAAUGGCUACAACUGUGACUACGGCGCGGAGAGGUUGCGCAUUCCUGAGGGCCUGUUCGACCCCUCCAACGUCAAGGGUCUGUCGGGGAACACGAUGCUGGGGGUCAGUCACGUCGUCACCACCAGCAUCGGAAUGUGUGACAUCGACAUCCGGCCGGGUCUGUACGGGAGUGUGAUCGUGACGGGGGGAAACACCUUACUUCAAGGCUUCACGGACCGACUCAACAGGGAACUCUCGCAGAAGACGCCUCCUAGCAUGCGUCUGAAGCUGAUCGCCAACAACAGCACGGUGGAGCGACGCUUCAGCCCCUGGAUCGGGGGCUCCAUCCUCGCAUCCCUGGGAACGUUCCAGCAGAUGUGGAUCUCCAAGCAGGAAUACGAGGAGGGCGGGAAGCAAUGUGUGGAGAGGAAGUGCCCCUGAGGGACAGACGUCCCUUCCCUCCCCUCCUCCCCCCCGCAACAUCCGAGGUCACCGCGGCCCUCCGAAAUCUGCCGAGAAGCCAACCUUCACCCCCCCACCCAUCUUCCCUCCUCCAGUCCCUGUCCCAAGGACGAGCCUCCUCUCCCCUCCCCUCCCCUCGCGUGUGCCCCGCACUCCCCCGUCCCCUUCCAAUUCCCUGUACCCGGGCUCCCGCCCCAGGACCGAUCCUGGCCAGGCCCUGACUGCCAAAUCAGGCCAGGUCCUGCCAACUGCGGCAGUCCGGCCUGGAGCCUGAUGGUCUGGGGUCACGUCACUGAGAAGAGGCCCAGGCCUGGCAGAGGCCUUAGGCCCCGGCUCCCCAGAACCGAGAGGCCUUGAGCCCCAGCUCCCUGGAACAGAGAGGACUUAAGUCUCCGGUUCCCUGGAACUGAGGCUUUGAGCGCCAGCUGCCCGGAACCGGGAGGCCCCUGUCUCCAGUUCCCCGGAACCAGGAGGCCUUGAGGCCUCUAAAGCCCCCAGAGCGUCAGCCGCCCCUCUGCACCCUUUCAGCUGGGCUCCGAGGAGGGACUCUUCCUGGGAAGGUGAGGAGGGCAGGAGAUGGGGAGAGGGGAAAGGUCUGUUAUAGUGGAAUGGUCGCCCCUCCCCUAAUUUCCUCCUCGCCCCUCGUGGGACGAUGCCAGCAAAGAACCUUGCCCCAGAUCGCACGGAGCAAGGCCAUUCAGCCCAACGGUUCCCUGCUAGAGUUGACACAACAGGAUCCUCUUCCCACCCACCCCUUUCCACAUCAGCCCCUUCGGGCGGGUUGACCGUGUCCGCGCGGGUGGUGAUGGUCCUCACACGGGUUCUGACGCGGGUGGGACAGAGGAAGAGUUUGCCUUUCCCUCCCCCCCCCCCAACACCCACCCCAACCCCAGCCUGACCUACACCUCACAGCCCACACCCCAGGUCACUCAACAUGCUGCUGACCCCACCCUCCAAUACCCUUGCACGCUCUCCCAACCUCCCUGCUCCCAGGAACCCCACCAGGGAAGGUCUCGCUCUUCAGUUGUCGAUGCUAACAGCUGGGAUUGAUAUCAGCGCCACUACUUCCUCAG